AUGACAAUCGACAAGUCUUGGACCACUUUGCGAAAUCGUAGAUGUCCACAAUAUUGGGAUGGUCUAAAUGCAUUUUUAGAGAUGGCCUCGAAAUGUAAAGAUUGUGAUGGUAGGAUUAGGUGCCCUUGUGUAAGAUGUGUGAACAAUAGGCUUCAAACUUUACCUGUUGUGAAAGCACACAUAUUCGAUUGGGGUUUUUUUACUGGUUACGAGAAGUGGACAUACCACGGGGAAGCAGAAUCUAGUGCCACUAAUGCAAUGAACGACCAUGAUGCCGCUGAUGAUGAUCCUGAAAUUGACGAGAUGAUUCCAAUAGUGGAUGACUUCCUUCAGCCGUCAUUCGAAAUGGAUGAUAAUCCUGAUGCAAAUCAAUGGCGCGACGAAUUAUUUGAAGAAAUUGAGGCCGAGUUGUUUCCUGGUUGUGAUUGGAUAUCUUCUCUUAACUUUUUGGCAAAAUUAUUGCAUUUGAAAGUUAGGGGAAAAAUUCCUAACAACAUAUUUGAUGAAUUACUGAAGUUACUAAAAUUUGCUUUUCCAAAGGAAAAUAAAAUUCCAUCAAACUAUUAUGAUGCCAAGAAAAGAUUGAAAAAAUUAGGAUUGGGGUAUGAGUCAAUUCAUGUGUGCAAGCACAAUUGCUGUUUAUUUUAUAAUGAACAUGCAAAUGAAGAUUCAUGUCCAGUCUGUGGCACUAGUAGAUGGAUAACUUCAGAAAAUUUAGGAGCAAAAAAGGUGCCUCAUAAGGUGAUGCAUUAUUUUCCGUUAAUUCCGCGACUGAAAAGACUGUAUACUUCAAGGCAUACGGCGAAAUACAUGGUAUGGCACCACAGUGGUAAAUCAAAAGAUGAGGGUGUGAUGCGACACCCUGUGGAUGGUGCAGCGUGGAAAGACUUUGAUGCCAAACAUCCUGAUUUUGCUAGUGAACCUCGAAAUGUUCGUCUCGGUUUAGCUGCCGAUGGCUUUAAUCCAUUUGGCAAUAUGAGCCAAGCUUACAGUAUGUGGCCUGUAGUUUUGGCGAACUAUAAUCUUCCACCUUGGUUAUGUAUGAAAGAUAAUAAUUUUAUGUUGACCAUUCUAAUUCCUGGAGAUAAAUCACCCGGAAUGGACAUAGACAUAUUUUUAAGACCCUUGGUGGAUGAGUUGAAGGAGUUGUGGGUUAACGGAGUAGAUACCAGAGAUUGUCGAACCAACACUGUCUUCAAGUUGCGUGCAGCUCUUUUGUGGACAGUGAAUGAUUUUCCUGCUCGUAGUUAUUUGUCUGGUUGGAGUGGUCAGGGAUAUAAAGCUUGUCCUACUUGCAAUGAAGAUACAUCUUCUAUUCGAGUAAUUGGUAAGACAUCUUACGUGGGUCAUAGAAGAUUUCUGCCAAAUAACCAUCGAAUGAGAAGGGAUACUCAAUUUGACGGACAAAUUGAGAGAAGACCUCCUCCAAGACGUUUUACUUGUGAAGAAGUAUUAGAACAAGUAAACAAACUCCCACCCCACCUCCCUGGAAAUCAUGAGCUCUUUGGUGGUGUGAAACGUAGGCGAGUUGCAGAAAAUCAUAAUUGGCGGAAAAAAAGCAUCUUCUACGAGCUUGACUAUUGGUGUUCAAAUAUUCUUAAACACAAUAUUGAUGUCAUGCAUGUUGAGAAGAAUGUUUGUGAUAGUUUAUCAAGCACAAUAUUGGACAAUGAGAAAUCCAAGGACACUACCAAUGCAAGACAUGAUUUAAAGAAGCUAGGCGUCAGAGAAUCGUUGUGGAUUUAUGAAGACGAGAGGGGGAAGUUGUUGAAACCUCAUGCACCUUACGUGCUUAAACCUGAUCACACAAUGUCUACUAGAAGGAACAAGGGCAAAUAUCCGAUUCUUACUCCUGAAGAGAUCAAGCAGGAGCCUGAUUGUGGGGAAAUUACGCCUCAAAUGCAAAAAGUGCUUGAUGACAUGAAGCGUUUUGAAGAUGAACGGCUUAUGAACGAGUGGAGGCUACAUGUCGCUUCAUGUCGCAAAUAUAAUCGUUAA